AUGACUAUGAAUCAGAUGAUGAAUUAUACGAAGACGAAUAUGAUGAUAUCGACACUGACUUAGUCGGCAUCCUCAGAGUUAAACUCGAUCAAGUGAAGGGUGUUCUUUCCUCUGGCCGGAUGGACGAUUUCUGUGUCCGUAUCUUCAAGGUUAACACGGGAACUGCUAAAAAAGAGGCGCCUGUAUACACAGUCAACAGCGUCUACGGAAUACAUUGCGUACCAGUACGUAGUCCAAAGGGUCAACUUCUUCUUGAAAUCCUCGACCAAAAUUCGACUGAUCUUAGUAUUGGAUGUUUUUCAUUACCGUUAAAUGAGAUGAUUGCGCGCAAUCCAGAUAGAACAUAUAGUAAGAAAAACACGCACUAUGAACAGAUUAAUGAAAUUGGACUUGAAGCUGAAUUCUAUUCUACCAGAGUUGAAAGUGACCGUUUUCAUUUCAGCGAGGAUAAUAUUGACAUUAAUGACUUGUACCGUCUUAUUGGUCUUACGUUUAAUGCUAGCUCUGCUGAUAUGAGCAGCAGCCUAGCUUGCUACUUCAAUUUUAAAUCUGCGUCGGAUCUUUUCCACGCCGUAGCAAUGCGUAUUAUGUCUGACAAACAAUUAAUGUCUGUGAACUCAAAGCCGGGUUUUUUCCUUCUUAACGGGAAGACAGCUAGCCUUUUUGAAUUCAACAAUUCAGAAGAGUUCUCCGCAGACCUGAAGGAUUAUUUCAGUAAUGGACUUCCUCCACCCAUUUCGCCGUUAGUUUUUCCGCCUGUUUCUCCACGUGUUCCUCCGCCUAUUUCUCCGCCCGUUUCCCCUAAGGGAAGACGAGUGCAUGAGUUUGAAGAAAACGGUCGCAACAAAGUGAUGCUCUCAACACGUUCUGAAACAAGAGCAGUUAAGCAAUUUGUAAUAGAGCCAUGGGUCACACCCCAAAUUAAAACAGCGGUCAUUUUGGAUGAUAAAAUUGACCGAGUACUGUUUAUUGGCAAACAGACAAUACAGUUAUGGUCUAAUUUCACAGAAAAGAGAACGCUGCAGUAUAUUUGGUGCAGACCUAUUAUUAAAAAAAAUCGAGAAAAAAAUUUUAUUAAAGAAUAUUGUAUUAAGUGGGCAGAGUUGACGAGAAGGCCAGACGGAGAGUUUAUUAUCGCUUUCGAAUAUGAGGUGGACGGCAUUAGUAAGAGUAUUGAAACCGGAUUUCACUUGCCACGUAAGGAUGCUCCUGCCAGUUUCCAUACAGUAAGAGACGCAUCGUUUGCUCUUGGAUUUUUGAACUCAUUUGAACAAAAAUCAUGGCCAACUGAAAGAUACCGACGUUAUGAAACACUUCUGGACGAGUGCCAAGGGAUUAUUCGCCGUGCCCUUUCAUCUUCGGAUGGCGAUGUAUUUGAACACGUUGAAGACUUUGACAGUAUUGAAUCGACUGACGAACCAGAGCACAGGCCGCUUAUACCUUUAUGGCUUGAAGUAAUUGGAGGUACUUCAAAUGAUGAUUCAAAAGCGAUAUGGAGCAAAGGAUCAAUCUUGAAAGUUUUAAUGCAAUUUGAUUGUGAACGGGCCAAUACUUUGAUUGAGGAAUUGUUGAAGAAAGAAAAAAUUUCUCUGAGGUUUUAUGAUUUGGAAAAACACGAGUGUCCUCAAUCAGACCUUUCUUACGCUAUAUCAUUGGGUAGAACAGAAAUUGUCCGUUCAUUAUUACGCUAUUAUUGCAAUAGUGCGGAGAAAUCAGAGAAUAUGGCGAAUAGGAACUCGAAGUCUAAACCUCACCCCGAGAAUAGCCUGCGACUUGUUGUUCCUGCAUUCAGCCAACUGUGUUCAAAACACCCUGACACUGCUCUAGAAUUGGUCAAAGAUAUCAGUUACUUCAAAUUAAACAGGCCCGCUGUAUGGAGCAAUAAACGGGAGAACUUUGCCUACUCAGAUAGGGAAAAAAGCAGCGAUGAUGUGUAUAAAGCAGAUGCGGAUAAUGAUACCGUCUUUAAGUGGAGUAGAUUUUUUAGUAAUGAACAUCGGAAUGAGAGUUAUCGGUAUCUUGUAUGUACCGUUCCUCUGCCGAACUUUACCCGGUAUCCAGAACCACCAGAGUCCCGUCUCGGAUUUCUGAAUGUUCUUAAAUGGCGCAAAUACCUCUCUCCAUUUGCUAGUGCGGUGCUCCAAGGUCGAUACGAUAUGUUUGGCGAACCAGCCAUGGAGGCUGUUAUUAAUUUCAGCUGGAGAACAUUUGCUAGAAUGCGAUAUAUCUUUUUUAUUGGUGUAUAUUUCUUGUACCUUGCUUCAUUCAUGUUGGCCGUUACUCUCGAUUCUGAAAGAGUACAGCAGGGAGGCAGGACCGAGCAUUUAAUCAGAUUUUUCUCGUCUGUAGUGUUGUUAUUGGGAUUCAUAUUUAUCGGGCUUGAGGUGAUGCAAAUAAUUGCGUAUCGCUCUUAUUAUUUCACUAUAUAUAAUUUGAUUGAUCUGGCGAGCACGCUAAUGCCGAUAAUUUACGCAAUCGGGGCACUUUCCGGAAGUGAUACCAGACGUCAAUACAUUUUACGGCUUCGAGUGUUCAAGGAUUUUGGAAUACCAAUAUUUAUGAUAAUAGAGAUAUUCAACAGAGUGCGAGGGAUUAUGUUCAUAAUCGCAAUUAUGGUGGUUGCAUACACGCACAUUUACUGGCUUUUGCUGUCUUAUACGGAAGUUGUAGAUUUGGUAGGUAAUAGCACAGUUACAGACCAAUUCGCGACUCCACAAGAAUCACUAGUUUCGGUUUUCUUUUUUGUGACAAACAAUUUCGGCAAUAUCAGUGAUGCGUUCGGCAAUCCGACAAUUGCGCUUCUGACAAUCGCAUUCACGUUCAUAACCGCGAUAGUGUUGUUGAACAUUUUAAUUGCCUUGAUGAGCGACGUCGUUGGUGAUGCUAAAACUGUUGGUCGACAUGCUUGGCUUAAACAAAAAGCAGAGCUCAUAUGCGAAUUAGAGAUGUGUACGCUUACGCGGAAGCAAAGGCAACGGCCCGAUUUCUUCCCAUACAUGAUAUAUUACUAUGCAAAAAGCGAUUCCAUAAAAGAAUACAAGAAAAGACUUGGCAAACAUAGAAAAAAGGAAAGCAGAAACUUUCCAAAAGGCAGUAACUAA